GCGUGGCCCUGGGGACCAAUGGAUUUACCUGGGAGCAGAUUAACACGUGGGAGAAACCAAUGCUGGACCCAGCUGUGCCCACAGGCUCCUUCAUGAUGGUGAACAGCUCCGGGAGGGCCUCCGGCCAGAAGGCCCACCUCCUCCUGCCCACCUUGAAGGAGAAUGACACGCACUGCAUCGAUUUCCAUUACUACUUCUCCAGCCGCGACAGGUCCAGCCCGGGCGCCUUGAACGUCUAUGUGAAGGUGAACGGCGGGCCCCAGGGAAACCCCGUCUGGAACGUGUCCGGCGUCGUCACUGAGGGCUGGGUGAAGGCAGAGCUGGCCAUCAGCACCUUCUGGCCACAUUUCUACCAGGUGAUAUUUGAAUCUGUCUCUUUGAAAGGUCAUCCUGGCUACAUCGCUGUGGACGAGGUCCGGGUCCUCGCGCAUCCAUGCAGAAAAGCACCUCACUUUCUGCGGCUCCAAAAUGUCGAGGUGAACGUGGGUCAGAAUGCCACGUUCCAGUGCAUUGCUGGCGGGAAGUGGUCUCAGCAUGACAAACUUUGGCUCCAGCAAUGGAACGGCAGGGACACCGCGCUCAUGGUCACCCGCGUGGUCAACCACAGGCGCUUCUCGGCCACGGUCAGUGUGGCGGACACUGCCCAGCGGAGUGUGAGCAAAUACCGCUGCGUGAUCCGCUCGGACGGUGGCUCCGGCGUGUCCAACUACGCUGAGCUGAUCGUGAAAGAGCCUCCCACACCUAUUGCCCCCCCAGAGCUGCUGGCUGUGGGGGCCACGUACCUAUGGAUCAAGCCGAACGCCAACUCCAUCAUUGGGGACGGCCCCAUCAUCCUGAAGGAGGUGGAGUACCGCACCACCACGGGCACCUGGGCCGAGACCCACAUCGUGGACUCGCCCAACUAUAAGCUGUGGCAUCUGGACCCGGAUGUGGAGUAUGAGAUCCGGGUUCUACUCACAAGACCAGGAGAGGGGGGCACAGGGCCCCCGGGGCCUCCGCUCACCACCAGGACCAAGUGUGCAGACCCAGUGCACGGCCCGCAGAACGUGGAGAUUGUGGACAUCCGGGCCCGGCAGCUGACCCUGCAGUGGGAGCCCUUUGGCUACGCGGUCACCCGCUGCCACAGCUACAACCUCACGGUGCAGUACCAGUACGUGUUCAACCAGCAGCAGUACGAGGCUGAGGAGGUCAUCCAGACCUCCUCCCACUACACCCUGCGGGGUCUGCGGCCCUUCAUGACCAUCCGGCUGCGGCUCCUGCUGUCCAACCCCGAGGGCCGGAUGGAGAGCGAGGAGCUGGUGGUGCAGACAGAGGAGGAUGUUCCAGGUGCUGUUCCUCUAGAGUCCAUCCAAGGGGGGCCCUUUGAGGAGAAGAUCUACAUCCAGUGGAAACCUCCCAAUGAGACCAAUGGGGUCAUCACGCUGUACGAGAUCAACUACAAGGCUGUUGGCUCCCUGGACCCGAGUGCCGACCUCUCCAGCCAGAGGGGGAAGGUGUUCAAGCUCCGGAACGAAACCCACCACCUCUUUGUGGGUCUGUACCCAGGGACCACCUACUCCUUCACCAUCAAGGCCAGCACAGCCAAGGGCUUCGGGCCCCCCGUCACCACAAGGAUCGCCACCAAAAUCUCAGCUCCAUCGAUGCCCGAGUAUGACACAGACACUCCACUCAACGAAACGGACACGACCAUCACGGUGAUGCUGAAGCCUGCUCAAUCCCGGGGAGCCCCUGUCAGUGUUUACCAGCUGGUUGUCAAGGAGGAAAGACUUCAGAAAUCACGGCGGGCAGCUGACAUCAUCGAGUGCUUUUCGGUGCCUGUGAGCUAUAGGAACGCCUCCAGCCUGGAUUCUCUGCACUACUUUGCUGCUGAGUUGAAGCCUGCCAACCUGCCUGUCACACAGCCCUUCACAGUGGGUGACAACAAGACAUACAAUGGCUACUGGAACCCUCCUCUUUCCCCUCUGAAAAGCUACAGUAUCUACUUCCAAGCACUCAGCAAAGCCAAUGGAGAGACCAAAAUCAACUGUGUUCGUCUGGCUACGAAAGGUGCCUCCACCCAGAAUUCUAACACUGUGGAGCCAGAGAAGCAGGUGGACAACACCGUGAAGAUGGCUGGAGUGAUUGCUGGUCUUCUCAUGUUCAUCAUCAUUCUCUUGGGCGUGAUGCUCACCAUCAAAAGAAGAAGAAAUGCUUAUUCCUACUCCUAUUACUUGAAGCUGGCCAAGAAGCAGAAGGAGACACAGAGCGGAGCCCAGAGGGAGAUGGGGCCUGUGGCCUCGACCGACAAACCCACCACCAAGCUCAGCACCAGCCGCAAUGAUGAAGGCUUUUCCUCCAGCUCUCAGGAUGUUAACGGAUUCAAUGGCAGCCGCGGAGAGCUGUCCCAGCCCACCCUCACCAUCCAGACCCACCCCUACCGAGCCUGCGACCCCAUGGAGAUGAGCUAUCCCCGGGACCAGUUCCAGCCGGCCAUCCGCGUGGCUGAUCUGUUGCAGCACAUCACCCAGAUGAAGAGAGGCCAGGGCUACGGGUUCAAGGAGGAAUACGAGGCCUUACCAGAGGGGCAGACUGCUUCAUGGGACACAGCCAAGGAGGAUGAAAAUCGCAAUAAGAACCGAUAUGGAAACAUCAUAUCCUAUGACCAUUCCCGAGUGAGGCUGCUGGUGCUGGAUGGAGACCCACACUCCGACUACAUCAACGCCAACUACAUUGAUGGCUACCAUCGACCUCGGCACUACAUUGCAACUCAAGGUCCGAUGCAGGAGACCGUGAAGGACUUCUGGAGAAUGAUCUGGCAGGAGAACUCGGCCAGCAUCGUCAUGGUCACGAACCUCGUGGAAGUGGGCAGGCACCCAGCGGAACACACUGUGGGAAAUGCCACUCUAGGCCGUGCGGCGUCCCCCGGAAUGGUGAAGUGUGUGCGGUACUGGCCGGAUGACACGGAGGUCUACGGCGACAUUAAAGUCACCCUAAUUGAAACAGAGCCCCUGGCAGAAUACGUCAUACGCACCUUCACGGUCCAGAAGAAAGGCUACCACGAGAUCCGGGAGCUCCGCCUCUUCCACUUCACCAGCUGGCCCGACCACGGCGUCCCCUGCUAUGCCACUGGCCUCCUGGGCUUUGUCCGCCAAGUCAAGUUCCUCAAUCCCCCCGAAGCCGGGCCCAUCGUGGUUCACUGCAGCGCCGGGGCCGGGCGGACCGGCUGCUUCAUCGCCAUCGACACCAUGCUCGACAUGGCCGAGAACGAAGGGGUGGUGGACAUCUUCAACUGUGUGCGGGAGCUCCGAGCCCAGAGGGUCAACCUUGUGCAGACGGAGGAGCAGUACGUGUUUGUGCACGACGCCAUCCUGGAAGCGUGCCUCUGCGGCAACACGGCCAUCCCCGUGUGCGAGUUCCGCUCCCUCUACUACAACAUCAGCAGACUGGACCCCCAGACCAACUCCAGCCAAAUCAAAGACGAAUUUCAGACCCUCAACAUCGUGACGCCCCACGUCCGGCCCGAGGACUGCAGCAUCGGGCUCCUGCCUCGGAACCACGAUAAGAACCGGAGCAUGGAUGUCCUGCCUCUGGACCGCUGCCUGCCCUUCCUCAUCUCGGUGGACGGAGAGUCCAGCAACUAUAUCAACGCGGCCCUGAUGGACAGCCACAAGCAGCCCGCGGCCUUCGUGGUCACGCAGCACCCUCUACCCAACACAGUGGCGGACUUCUGGAGGCUGGUGUUCGACUAUAACUGCUCCUCCGUGGUGAUGCUGAAUGAGAUGGACACUGCCCAGCUCUGUAUGCAGUACUGGCCUGAGAAGACCUCCGGGUGCUAUGGGCCCAUCCAGGUGGAGUUCGUCUCCGCAGACAUCGACGAGGACAUCAUCCACAGAAUAUUCCGCAUCUGCAACAUGGCUCGGCCUCAGGAUGGGUAUCGUAUAGUCCAGCACCUCCAGUACAUUGGCUGGCCCGCCUACCGGGACACGCCCCCCUCCAAGCGCUCUCUACUCAAAGUGGUCCGGCGGCUGGAGAAGUGGCAGGAGCAGUACGAUGGGCGGGAGGGACGCACCGUGGUCCACUGCCUAAAUGGGGGAGGCCGCAGCGGGACCUUCUGUGCCAUCUGCAGCGUGUGUGAGAUGAUCCAGCAGCAGAACAUCAUUGACGUGUUCCACAUCGUGAAAACACUGCGGAACAACAAGUCCAAUAUGGUGGAGACCCUGGAACAGUAUAAAUUCGUAUACGAGGUGGCAUUGGAAUAUUUAAGCUCCUUUUAGCCUGAUGGGAUGGGGAGCCUGCUGGAGUCCAGAGGCUGCUGCAGUCAAACCCCCUUUUCUGUGAAUGGCAGUGACGGGCUAAGAGGUGGCACCUGGCCCAACUCCAAGGAGAAGACUGGUGAUCUCAUGCCUGGGGUGGGCCCUGCACCUUCUGAGGGGCUCCUGGAACUGGGAAAUAGGUUCUGAAAGGUCCAGGCUUUUCCUGCACCCCCACCGGCCACAGAUGCGGACCCACAACAAGGCCCCGGACUUCCCAGUUCCCCGACCUCUUGCUUCUGUGCUUUCCAAGUGUGUGGACCUCAUGGCAAGCCAGCUGGGGUGCUCGGAGAUGCAGGCUCGCUGUACCUCCGGGCCUGCUUCUCCUUGGGAGUGAGGGGAUUGUCUCCGCCUCCACGCUGUGGGCGCAGUGACUGGCCUCUUGGGGUCCCUGCCUUGCUGCCCUCUGCAGUCUCCUUCAGUGACCUGGGGCUGUCCCGAGACCACAGCAGGGGCCCCAUCCUGCCCCCCUGCCUGCACGGAGCUAGCCCUCCAGCAUUCUGUACCCUCCCCAGCCCGGGCCUUGACCCUCUGUCACUCACGCCAGCCUGCUGGGUCCACAGCACUCUUGGAUGA